CUUUACGUCAAAUAAAAGACUUUGAAAGAACAAACUCUAAUACUUUCAAGAGGCAACCGCAACAUUUAAGAACACAUGCUUCUAAAACCUUUUUUACUAUAAUGUUUUAUGCAAAACCUGCCUGGUUUAACCCUAAAACUGUUGUGUUUGAUAAGUGUAGCUUUAAAAACUGUGAAUUAACCAUAGACAAACAAUUAUUUUCCACAAGUGCAGCUGUCAUCUUUCACCAUGAUUCAUUUUCAACCUUACCCGAGAAGCCAAGCGGUCAAGUAUGGAUAUUUGCUACUUUAGAGAGUCCAUUUUAUACUAGUAAAAGUUUCAACACUGAUGGAUCGAAGAUGCAUUUUAAUUGGACAAUGUCGUACCGAAAAGAUGCAGAGGGAUUUUCACCGUAUGCAUUUCUGAGGAAACAACUUCACAUUCCAGUCAAAAACUACACUUCUAUAUUUAUUAAUAAAACAAAUAGUAUUGCUUGGGUAGUAAGCCACUGUCAAACUCAAUCAAAGCGAGAGGCUUAUGUCAGAGAAUUAUCGAAAUACAUCGAUGUUGAUAUAUAUGGAAAAUGUGGGAAACCUUGUUCUUUCAAAGGAGAUUGUAAAAUACAUUUGAGUAAGACUUACAGAUUUUAUCUUUCUUUUGAAAAUUCACUAUGCAAAGACUAUGUGACGGAAAAAAUAUUAAGUAUGUACAUUGAUGGCAUUGACUUUAUUCCAAUAGUUCGAGGUGCACCUAAUGCAGGAGAAAUUUUGCCACACAAAACGUAUAUAUCUACGUCUGAUUUUAAAUCGCCGCAGAAACUGGCGGCGUUUCUAAAAAUGAUUGGCAGCGAUGAAUCACGCUAUAUUUCAUAUUUGAAAGAAAAAGAAAAAUAUUUGAAUAAUGGAAAUGGAAUGCUUAAAGCGGGAAUUUGUGAUAUAUGUCAUCAUUUAAAUGUUAGAAAACAAAAGCCUAAACUCAUAGACCUUAACAAAUGGUUAUGGGAAAAUCAGUGCCAUGUGCCAAAUGACAUACCGUCUGACAAAUGAUAGUAAUUGAUAUCAGAAAACAAUUGGAAUUCAUAAUGAACUUAAAAUAAUAAGGUAAUGCUUUACAAGCGUAAUGAUUAGCAUGUUGAUAGUUAUAAAAGGUACCAUGAUUUUUGUAAACAGAAAAUUUAUAAAAAUGAUCACAUUAUUGAUAUUCAUGUCAACACAGAAGUGUUGACUACUGGGCUGUUAAUACUGGUAAAACUUAAAACUGUAUUUGAAAAAUGUGUCGACGAGAUAAUAACCCGACCAAACUGCAGAAAACAGCCGAAAAUCAAAGGCGAGAAUCAGCUGUCCCAUUGAAACAAAAGUGUAUGUAUUUAACAGAAAAUGGGUUGUGUGUGUUUAGAAUAUGUACCUUUAUCUUUAUAAUGAGAAACUACUGUCUUUUUUUCAUAAUUUCUAUUUGGUUACUGAUAUACAUUAUGUAAUAUAUUAGUUAGGACAUCAAACUGCAACCGAAAUUUUUAUAAUUGAUAAAUUCGUAGCGACAGUGUCGAAUUGAUUUCUGACACUUAAAAUGGGGACAAAGUCCCCUAUUACAAUAGAAAAUCAAUAAAUAAGUAAAUGAAAAAAAUCGUGAAAAUUUCCCAAAUUUUUUAUUGUACUAAUGAACUCAAAAUCGUUCAAACUUUUUUCAGUCGCUUUUUUUAACUCCCGUUUUUGCAAAGAAUGUAAAAAGUCUACUUCCUUCUUCCGGUCUCGUUGUCGUGAGACUUUGAGUAGUCUAGUAAAAUAUAGGAAUUCAUAGAACAGAAUACCAAUAUUUCAUUUUUAAUAAUUCUUUGUCUUUGGAAUAAAUUGACGUUAUGUAAUGCAUUUCAUUUUUUUGUUUACAUUGCACAUGACGUCACAACUUAAAUAACGUCACAAGUAAAAUCCCUAACAACAGAACCAA